CAUUCCUCCGGCUCCCCGCUGCUUAUUUCGGACGGGAUGGGAAUAAUGGGAAGGAGGGGAGAAAAGAAACGGCAGCGUCUUUAUCUCAUCUCACCAUCAUCAGUAAUCCCAAAUUACCGGUUCCCCAAAUCGGCCGUCCCCAACGGAUCCCCCCAAUCCGAGCUGGCACCGACUCCGACUUCCCCCCCAACCCCCUCACGAUGCCACGCGCCCCAACCCUCCACGCGCUCCCGGCGACUCGCCCCUACCUUUACCGUUUUACCCCACCUCUCCUUCUCUAUUCUGUCCCCCUCCGGCGUUCCUCCCCCUUCUCCAUCGCCGCUCCUCCUCCUCCUCUUCUUCUUCUUCUUCUUCUUCUUCUUCUUCUUCUUCCCCUUCUCUCUCUCCUGCCCUCAAUCGGUCGGAACCCUAAAAUCGUUGUUCUCCGGUCACGGUCGCCGCCGGAGGUCGCCGAUCUAGUCUGAGUUUGGCUAAUGGGAGACCUGACGGAAUCCGUCACCCCGCUGGCCCUGCCGGCGCCGUCCCACCAGCCCAGCCCCAUGCCCGUCCGGGAGGACUGCUGGAGCGAGGAGGCCACGUCGACCCUCAUCGACGCCUGGGGCCGCCGUCACCUCGAGCUCAACCGCGGUAACCUCCGCCAGAAGGACUGGCAGGAAGUCGCCGACGCCGUCAACGCCCUCCACGGCCACAGCAAGAAGACCCACCGCACGGAUGUGCAGUGCAAGAACCGGAUCGAUACGAUUAAGAAGAAGUACAAGACUGAGAAGGCUAGGGUUUCUUCCUCGAGCAGAACCCUGACCUCCUCCUGGAUCUUCUACGAUCGGAUGGAUGCGCUGAUCGGAUCUAGCUCGUCAGCGAAGAAGGCAGUCUCUCCGUCGCCGUCGACGUCGGUGUCUCCGCUGUCGCCCCCGAUGGCGCUGCCCCUUCCCAUGUCUUACAAGAAGACGCUGUCGCAGUCCCCGGCCAUCUCGCUGCCGCAGAAGAGGCCGGCAGAUAAAAUGGACGAAGGGUAUUUCAGGAGGAACUACUCUGCUGUAGCUGCUGCGGCAGCGGCAGCGGAGGCAGAGCCUGAUGAGGACGAGGAAGAUGAUGAUGAGACUGACGAGGAUGAAGAUGAAGGUGAGGGGAUGAGGAGGUUAGCCAAGGCAAUAGAGAGGUUUGGGGAGGUUUACGAGAGGGUGGAGGCGGAGAAGUUGAGACAGAUGGUGGAUUUGGAGAAGCAGAGGAUGCAGUUCGCGAAGGACCUAGAAGUGCAGAGGUUGAAGAUGUUCAUGGAUACUCAGGUUCAGCUUGAAAGGAUCAAGCACAACAAACGCUCUGGAUCCGAUGAUAUAUAUAGCUAGCCUCGUGGAAGCGGGAGUUCGGUCAUAUCCUUCUCACCGUGAUAACAGCCCUGAAAACUAUAUGUAGAUGAGCUUGUCAGAGUUAAUUCUAGCUUUUCCUUUUUCUCUUUUUUUCAUUAUUUUUUUCCUUUCAUAACUCUUAGAAUUGUAAUUUGGAGUUUGCACCCUCUCCAAGUGCUAAUCAAUAUUCUUUAGCUUAAUUAUCUGUAGCAGAGACAUUAUCCGACCUUUUUCUUGGACCGAAAAUUAUCUAAUUUUCAAUGGAAAUAUCGGUGUAGUUAUAAUGGAUA